UACGCAUCAUUCGCCAUUUUUGAUAAGAUUCGUGUGGGAGUGUGUUUUUUGGUCUUGAUUCCUUUUACUAUUUCUUACAUCUUUCUUUCGGCAAGCAAAACAAAAGACUGAACGAAAAUGGGUGACGAAUUUCCAGCAGAUGCACCUCCAUAUACUUCUUUCUUUGGAGUAAUGGGCAUAACAGCGGCUAUGUCGUUUUGCGCUAUUGGAGCAGCUUAUGGAACUGCGAAGUCUGGAACUGGGAUAUCUGCAAUGGCUGUGAUGAGACCUGAGCUGAUCAUGAAAUCUGUCAUCCCAGUUGUUAUGGCUGGUAUUAUUGCUAUUUAUGGGCUCGUUGUGGCUGUCGUCUUAUCACAGAACGUGGAGGAGAAAGGUUACACAUUUUAUAAGAGCUUCCUUCACCUUGGUGCAGGAUUGAGUGUUGGCCUCAGUGGACUUGCAGCAGGAUUUGCGAUUGGAAUUGUAGGAGAUGCAGGAGUGCGUGGAACUGCGCAGCAACCCAGACUGUUUGUUGGAAUGAUUCUCAUUCUUAUCUUUGCUGAAGUACUGGGUCUUUAUGGACUUAUUGUUGCCCUCAUUUUGUCAGUCAAACAGUGAUCUCUUGUAUACAGAGUUAGCUCAUAUAAAACAAUCUCUGCAGUGAAACAAGGGACUUUUAACAACCUACAAUGGAAAGAUGUUUAGAACUUUUUUUCACUGGAGAGUUCUUACCCUAAUCUCCCCAUGCUUCCGUUCGUAUUUCAGAAGGACAACCGAAGUAUGAAGAGAUUGAAUUUCAGGACACUUGUAUUUUAGUUCAGUGACUUAUUUUGUGGUUUAAAUGCCCCGUUCACCAUUGCACAGUUUUCUUGUUUAUGAUUCAUUUUUAUGUAUCGUGAACUGACAUCUAAAGGGAUAUAUGUAAAUAGUGGUAUUAAAGCUCCGGCUGAAUGGGAUAACUAUUUUGGUGGAUUGAAGACCAGGUAUGUUGAAAAUAAAGUGGUUCAGUUUUGUAGAAUAGGCGUCAACAUGCAAAAUUAUCAAGAUGCAGUUAUCCAUUUAGCCGAUUUCAAAUUGUAAAAAUUGUACACAAUACUGUGGUUCUGUCACCAGGCAACAACGAAAGGAUACCUGCCAGUGGUCAAGUAGAAUAAUCUGAACAUCUGGAAUUACAGUAUAUCAUUUUGGCAACAUAUUAUGAGUAUGAUUUCCUAUUGGUUUUUUAAUGAGAUUAAUGCUUAAAUACAGCAAUAAUCUUCUAAUCAGUUGUGUGUAUCUGAAACUCACAAAUCCUUCAAUUUAUCUUUUAUGGACAAAUAUUUGCAAGUUUCUUUUUAGGUGUCGAUAUAACGAUGCAUUUGUUCUUAAAAUUCCUGUUUAGGGAAGGGGGUAACUACUAACCGGGGCUUUAUAUAUGAUUUUGUUUACUUUUACUACUGACUGAAAUACGAGGUUAUGAAAUUGAUUUUGAACAAAUUCUGUAUGUCAGUGAGCAUGCAUGCCUUGCUGAAAUGAUAGUGGCUCCCACCUACUGGUAAAUUACACUAGUGGUCAGAUUCAUUAGGAAUAACAGAUUUUCUUUGUAGCUGACCAUAAAUUAUAUAUAGUUACUCAUAAUGAUAUUUGGAAAUCAUAAUCCUGCUAUGUCAAAUUUAAAGAUGACUAUUUCAGCAGAAUUUUUUUUUAAAGUAUGUUUUAACAGGCAUAAAGUAAAAAGAAUCUUUAAAGUAUACUGAAUAUUAUCUAGGCUAAUCAUUAGAAUAUUGAAUUUACUAUCUUCAAAUACAAAGUUCACAUCCCUUUUGAAAUAUUGUUUUUUUUAUUGGUUACAGAAGCUAUAUGUAGUUGAAGCUACAUACACUGUGAGAUGAAUGGUAUUUCCCCAGGGAUAUAAACUUGAUAGCAAAUAGUAGCUUAUUAUCUUCUAAAUUGUAUAUACAACUGUAUAUAUCUGUUUCCUGUCCACGAUGUUGUGUGUAUAUUUUAUGCGACUGCAGAUGGUGCAUAGUACAGUGUGUGAGAUGGUUUUCAUGUGUAUUUAUGUAUUGUAUGUAUAGAUAUAGGUGCAUUUCUGUACAAAUCUAUGAUCAGUUAAGUGUAUGUGCACAGUUAAUUUUGUGAUAAUUUAAACUGAAAAUCAUUAACAUAUGUGUGAGAUUCAUUAAAAAUGUACCCGAAGCCGAUUGUUCAUAAAUUACUCAGAAUUUAUCAUAUGUAUGGAUUCUUAAAACUGAUAAAGGGGGUGGGGGUCAUCAUGCUAAGUGAAAGGAAGUGGUACAGCAUUGCAUUUUAAAAACAUUUGAGACAAACUAUUAUUGGAUUUGUUUAUGAUGAUAUUCUUUCGAUUAAAAUUUUCUUCAUAGGUAUUGCCAAAAUGUGCGAUACGCAUCCAUUUAACUUCCAAUGUAUAUUUGGUGUUUUAUUUUCCUCACAGCUUGUUUACAUUCCAUAAAAUUAAGUACGUUAACCUCUAUAUUUUGCAUAUAUUUUAACAAGUUGAGGAAUCCCAUUUCCCAAGAAAGCAGUAUUCUUUUCCUUUCUUUUUUUUAAAUUAAUUUUCGCGUGUAACUUGUUAAUCAUUCAAAUCAGUUUUAUUUUAGCAUCAUGUUUAGCACCAGUGGUUGUUACAAUUAAGUGUUGUCAAAUUUCUUUUUCUUCAUUAAGUAUCGGUAUUUUCAGUUCUAUAUGUUCUUGUUAACGGUCAUUUUAACUUCAGAACGUAGUAGGAAUUAUGAAAUUUUUCAUCUUUUAGUAGGAAGUUUUAGUAAUUACCUCAGAUAAUAUAAAAACAGUGAAAUAGUUAUAUGGCAUUUUUGUUGUAUCAUGUACGUCUAGUUAACAGGUCAGCCAUCUAGCAGUUUAAAUGAUUUGAUUACCUGCUCAAAGUUAAACCUGACCAGUCGGAUUUGAAAUUAUGGUCGUUGUUGCAGAGGCCUGUGUAGAUGCUGUAGUUAGUACGACAGGAAGCAGUGGACUCGUAUUUAUGUAGGCAUGUAUUGUUUUCAUUGUCAUAAUGUAUACAAAAUAAAGCAAGAGUAUCAUC